UUGCAUAAAUAACUCACCAUUUCUCCAUUCAUUAUCCACCAUUUGUUUUCUAUUUUACACACACAUAAUAAGAACAACAACAAUAACAAAAACAAAAAAGUAAAGAAUUUUGUGAUUGAUUGAUUGCAAAGAGAGAAGAAGAUAACUAAUAAUUGAGGUGUGGUGAAGAAUUUGUUGAAUUGAAGGGAAAGAAAAGGACCCCACCUACCCUUCACAUUCAUCAUUCUCUUCAUCAUCAAUCUCUUUUUUAAUCAAUCUUCUCUUCUCUACCCUUUCCCUUAAUUUUCAUUCUUUUUUCUUUUAUUUUAUUUCUAUAGAUCUUGAAUUGUUAUUUAUUGUAAACUACUUCACUUACCAACUAACUAUAGAUCUAUUCAAAAUAUUUUAUUUAUUCUUAUCUACAGACAAAUUAUUCCCAUAAGAUUUUUUUCACUUAUCCAAGAGAUUUUCAUAUUCUUCAUAUAUUCUUCUUAUUAUAUAGUUUUUAGAUCUUGGUUCCUCCUAUUCAAUGAAUGCUUUGCUUCUGUAAUUUAUUCUGAUCUAAAACUUUGAUUUUGAGAGGCCCACCAUUGGGUUUUUUGGUGGGCUUUUCAUUCAACCAAUAAAGACCCUAUCUUUAUAAGGUUUCCAUAUAAGGGUGUGUUCAAUUUUCAUUUGUGUUAACCAUUUUUGUUCCAAAAUUGUGUUUAAGGUUAUUGUUAUAGCAAUAAAACUCAAACUUUACCAAUGUUACUUUACUUUAUCACUUGUGUUUCUUUCUUUCUGUUUUUGAAGCCUUUUCUACUUAUUAAACCACUUCCAACAUGGACUAAUGAAGUGAGGUUAAUCUCACUUUUGUUUCAUAAAGACAUGUUGUGUGUGAAAUCUAUUACAAAGUUGUUUAGGAACAAGUUUUUGGUUGGUUUGCUUUGUCAAAUUCCAACAAGAUUGUCUCAAAAGAAUGAUGUUGUUGAGGAGAAUAAGGAUGUUUCACAACAAGAUUUGUUGGAUUUGCCUGAGCUUGUAUUGGAAUGCAUUCUUGAGAAGCUACCACCAUCUUCACUUUGUCAAAUGGCUAAUGUUUGUCAUUCAUUGAGGGAGAGAUGUGUGAGUGAUCAUCUUUGGGAGAGACACAUGAAAAACAAAUGGGGUAGAGUUAUUGGUUCAGUUGCUUAUAGGGAAUGGAAAUGGCAUGUUGCUUCUAAAAACAAUGUUGGAAGCCUUAAUAGACAUCAUGGGAAACAAAGGAGUUUGAUCAAGUUUAUGUCAUCACUUCAUUGGCCUUUUUCAUGGUUCAUGAGAAUGAAGGUUGAUAAUAAGAGUGUCAAGAAGCAGAGUUAUUUGCAGCCUCCUGAUUCUUUCAUGACUUUGUAUCUUGCUCUUGAGAAUGGAAAUUUUUGGUUUCCUGCUCAAGUUUAUAACCGUGAGAAUGGUCAUGUAGGAUUUAUGCUAUCAUGCUAUGAUGCUGAGCUUAGCUAUGAUCCAAACACUGACACUUUCCAAGCAAGGUAUCCACCACAUGGAAGAAGGGCUAUUGCAGCAGAGCAUGGAAUCCAAUGGGAAAGGCUAAGAGCACCGCCUGUCGAUACACCUCCACAUGAUCUUCAUAUCUCUGAUUGUCUACAUGAUUUACAUCCUGGUGAUCACAUAGAGAUUCAAUGGAGGAGAAACAAAGAUUUUCCUUAUGGUUGGUGGUAUGGUAUUGUAGGUCACUUAGAGUCAUGUGAUGGUAAUGAAAAUUACUGCAGUUGUCACAAUAGUGACACAGUGAUACUAGAGUUCAAUCAGUACACUUCUGGUUCGCGUUGGAGGAGGACAGCAAUCAGUAGGAAAGAUCACCGCGAGGAGGGAAACGAGGCGGACGGAUUUUACGGUGGAAUUAGAAAGGUCAAGAGUGAGAGUGAGAUUUCCAUUUGGAAAAGUCUUUGGCCUUCUGAAGUAUUGGAUUAAUAAGAUCAAAUAGCAUUAUGUCAAAAGACAAGACUAGUAUUCUUAAUUAUUUAGCAGAUUCUUCUCUGCAUUAGAGAAAAAAGGGGAAUGAAUAGGAUUUCUCAUUCAGCCAAAGGAGCAUUGAGCCUAUCCUAUUUGUUUGAUUUCUCCUUUUUCAUUACCAAAUUUUUUUUCAUGGAAAAUUUUAGGCUUGGUCAUGUGAUUUCAAUCGGUGUAAAUUAAUUACUUACAUGAUGGCAUAGAAUAUUCAUUCCAUAAUAUAUAGAAUGAUUAGAAUCCAUUUGAUAUUCUCAUAUUAGUAUGUUUUGAAAUUGUUGU